AUGGGCAGAGCAGCGCGAUUUUGGGCUGCGGCCAUUGCACGGAGAUGCACCAGUGGCAAAGAGGUGUUUCCUAAACCUGAAUGGGCGAAACUCUGUGAAACUCGAAUUUUUCCUGUGCUAAACCAGCUGAGGCCAUGCCUCCCCCUCUAUGUGGAGAUCCUCAAGGCAAUGAAACAAGAUGACUUUAAGCCUCGAGGUCUUAUCGUCAACCUCGAGGCUCAAGCUAAACUAGGGGAGUUCUACUUGUGCUGCGCCUACACGCUCAAACCUCGAGAUGUAGAGGCUGCGGAAGGAAACGGAAAUAAGCUGUUACAACUCGCCCACCAGACAGCAGAGCAGGAGGUUGAACCCUGGAUCGCUACCGUUAGGGAGUUCGUGGACGACUAUGAUGCAUCUUUGGCAGCCAAGCUGGAGGAGGCCGCUAAAUUCAAAGGGUGUCCUGCAGUGUGCGGCCUAAAAGAUACGUGCGCGCGAAUGCACAGAAUGCUACGUAGCUCACACACACGAAACGAAUCCUGCUCGCCUGCCGAUUUUUACUGCCGAUCACACGUUAUUUUCUUGCACACCGGGAAUCGUGGAUGCAGUCCUCUGGCGCACACGUCUAGCAUGCGCCCUGCGGGUGUGUGUCCUCCGUCUCAGGCCUCUGACGAGGCAACUUUUUGGAAUUUGAGCUUUCUUGCAGCGGCGCCUGAACAGUUUUCGCAGUUUCUUGAGGAGGCAGAAAGAAGGCGUGAGCAGGGUGCUGCAUCUGCAAAGUGUGCGGCUGUUUCUGUCCCCACAGAAGCAGCGGAAGGAAAAGACUUUCUCGCUGCAGACGUUCCUGAAGGCCUCGAACCCCUGGCGGAUGCCGUGUAUGCCGAAUGGCUAGCUGCCAGUUCACACCCCGUCAAGGGCGAACUACGGGGUGCCCUGGCGCGGUGGGGGCUCUUGAUCACUAAGGAGGAAUUGGAACCAGCGGCGCGUUCACGGGGGUUCCCGCUACCGCCUCUGGAGAUCCUCCUCCCUCCUCUCCUCCUUUCCAUUCGGAGGGUGGCAUGCCUCUCGUCUGCGCUGCCUGCCAGCAAAAAAAACGAGGUGAAAAUCAGCCUCCUAGCAGAAACUCUCAUGGGGCCUCCUGCAUCGAAAGAGGCUACAAGCACGUCGCUCGUGUUUGGCCAGCGCAACUCCUCAUCUACGUUUCUUACCCCUUUUGCGCCGAAGUCUGGAGCUCCGGAGCUUCAGGUAAGCCACCUGAAGACUUAA